AUGGGACUGGUUCGUGGUUAUGAUUCCCAAGUAAGUGUCUUCUCCAAUAGUUCCCCUUGUUGACCCCAAGGGCUCUACUUGAUACUUCCGUACAUAAGGGCAGUGGUAUACUUAAGAAUAUCUGGAGUCGCCUCAAAAUUGAACGUAAGGUACGUCCAUUCUCCUGGCCUAGACCAGUCAAGAUCCAAGCCAGGGAUAUGGCUACAGGCUUGCCGGCAGUUGGUCCACGAACAAUCGCCGCCACGUUCACGCCCCUUCACAGCUUUGCGGGUGGUGGAAAUGGUAUGGUGUCUCCAGUCCAACUUGGGCUGAACUCCACACCAGAAGCAUUUAGUCUGUCUUCAGUUCUAGGUUCCCCUUGA